UCUUCCAGCUGUUGGUUCGACGGUGCAGGCCGGCGGGUGAGAGGCAGAAGAUCGCUGCAAAGAGAGACGACAGGAAGACGCUUAGGGCACAAGACGGAGGGGGAGAGAGCAAGGGACACAUAAUGAGAGGAGAAGAAGAGCCAUUCCAGCUGUGUUUCUAUCACAAGUAGAGUCGUGAGAACUUCUUCACAUUGAAGCUUUUUUCACUGCAACUCCAGGGAGCAAACGUUUGACAUUUUCUCGUCUGUAUUUUGGAUCAAGCUGUGAGUCAAACAGAAACACUGAGUUGGACAAGAGGUCUGGUUGAGGAGUUUCAAACAUGAGCGCAGACAACUCAACAUUGCUGGACAGUUUGUUGUUCUCCCCUCUGUGCAAUGGCUGGACCAACAACACCGAGGGAGCCAUCUACCACCUGGGCAACACCAUCCUGUUCCUGGGCUACAUGGGAGGCAGUGGGGCCUAUGGGUGCCUUUUCAUCUUUGGCUUCCUGACCCCGGCCUUUGGGUGCCUCACCCUGUGGGGCUGGAUGACGAUGUGCGGCCUGGAUGUCUUCACCUGGAACCUGCUUCUGCUGCUGGCCUGCUUGGCUCAGAUCUGCCACCUCCUCCACCGACUGCACCAGCAGGGUAUUCGCAGCGAGGAGCUCACCUCCCUCUACCAGGCGGUCUACCUGCCGCUGGGCGUCCCCGUCGAGGUGUUCAAGGAGAUAGCGAGAGCGUUUGAGAACAAGGCGGUAGAGCUGAAGGCCGGGGAGACGUAUGCCGUGGAGGGCAAGACGCCCAUCGACCAGCUCUCGUUCCUGCUGUCUGGGAGGAUCAAUGUAUCAUUGGAGGGCCAGUUCCUUCAUUACAUCCACCGCCACCAGUUCCUCGACUCUCCGGAGUGGGAGUCUCUCAGACCAAACGAGGAGGGAAAGUUCCAGGUGACCCUGACAGCAGAGGAGGACUCUUGCUACAUCUCAUGGCGUCGCCGCCACCUCUACAUGCUGAUCUCAAAGGAACGCUACAUCGCCCGCCUCUUCUCCGUCAUGCUGGGCUAUGACAUUGCAGAAAAGCUCUACAACCUCAACAGCAAGCUCUACAUCAAGAGCGGCGUGCUGCUGGACAUCCGCCUGCCCAGUCUCUACCACGUGCUGGCCCCGUCCUCGCAGGGCAGCGAGGGCGGCAGCUUCAGCGAUGGCGGCAUCCCUAAGGAGCAACAAGUUGAGCAGCAAGAUGAAGACCAAGUGCCGGCCUACGAGAAGUCCCACCCAGCCCAGUCUCAGCCCCUCCAGCCGUACCUGCAGGGACCACGGAAGCCCUACGUGGAUGAACCCCGGCCCUCCCAGCCUGACCGGUAUCAGCACCCCUGGGCAUCGGACCCGGAGCUGAUCUCUGGUGAGGACUCCACCAGCCUGGUCCUGGAGGACUUUGCUGAUGUGGCGGGCUCCUUAAUGGAUUAUGGCAGUGAGAGGGAUUAUUUGAGGUAGAGGGGCAGGGUGCUGGAGCUAACACACUGGGUCACCAAUUAAGCUACAUGAGGUGACAGCGACAUGGAUCGACCGCCACGGUUUCAGAGAGGCAGAGCGCCGCUGGCUCCCACCGACACUCCCAAGCUGUGAGAACAGUCUCUCCUGGAAACACGGAUAUAUGUUGCAGUGCAGUCGAAUGAAUGUGUCACUUGUCACUUAUCGUCUCCUCCUCCUCCUCCUCCUCACGCUGAGUUCACAUCUUCAGUCCUGAGUAUGGUAAACAUGUGCUCCUCUUUCUCCCCGAUGCCAAAAUGCUAAAUUUAUAUUUUGCAACAAUCAAUAUUUGGAGCAUUUCUGUAUCACUGAUUCACUUUAUAAUCAGUUUGCCUAAAAGUCUGGUCAUGAUGGCUUUGAUGCAUAAAUGAGGCUCUGAAAUCUGCUUUAAAAUCUGUUGGCUGUUUUUAACAUUGUACCUCUUUACAAGGUACAAUUUAAAACCUGAGCGAGUUGAUUAAAUGUUCAAAGAGACGGACGUUGAACAGGAAGCGAUUCUAUCCAACAUUAAAAUAUUAUAAUAAUUCACUUUUAACGAUCAGUCAAACCCAAAUUGAAAUCACAAGAACACCUUAAUCAGUAACUGUCACUGAGACAUGAGAGAAAGGCAAGCCUUCACUUUGUCAAUCACCAGCACAUCAAAUAUCUGAAAAGUUAUUUUAAUGUUUAAAAAAUCAGAUUUUUCAUGUUUUUUCCAUCUCACUAAUAUUUAAUGUUGGAUCUGGGAUUGUUUGAUUUGGCCUCGACUUCACUUGAGUUAAGGACUUUUGAUGAUUAAUAAACAGAAAUUCACUUGUAUUUAGAGAAUGAAUUUAACUGCACAGGUUUAAGUUCACUAGAAUAAGAAAAGUGUUGGACCAACUUAAAAAAUGACUUGAAGUGGUGACACAAAGAUUAAUCAACACGAUUAUCAAGUUUAAUUCAAAUACGUAAUUUAUUAAUUUUGACUAAUUUAACUAUUCUUUUAAGUUGGUUAACAAUUUUAACACAUUUUCUAGUUAUGGCAAAUUUAGUUGUAUUUAGUAUUAACUGAUUUGAUGUAUAAGUGUAUGAAAGAGGAAAAUCUUCAUUAAUUUAUUCUCUAAUGAUCUGGAAAAUAUUAAGUUCAGGACGUAGAUUUUCUCUGCUACUUUAAUGUGUUGUUGUUAUUUACCUGAAUGCACCAUGACUCUUGGUUCAGUAGCAAAAAUGUAUGCUUUUUAACAGAUGAUGUACGACCACCUCUCACUUCUACUCUGGCGAUAUAUUGGAUUGGAGAUGUUGUAUUUAUUUGAUAUUUUGUAAUUAAUUGAGAAUUUAUACACAGAUUCAAAAUGUGAAUUGUCUGUUGUUAUAUUCCAAAAUAGAGAGAUGGGACUAAAAGAACGUAGUCAGUGUUUGUAAAAGGUUUUUCUAAUGGGGCCAAGAUUUCUCCAUAAAGAUGUUUGUGUGCAGUGAAGGUGUAUCGGAUUUUCUGUGAUGGAAUAUUAGAUGAUAUAAUUAAAAUCAAAUUAUGAAUGCAAGACUCAAAAAAGUCACAACACAAGUAUUGACCACUCAAAGCGCAUUAUAGUACAAGCAACAUUACCCAUUUACACAAUUUGGAACAAUUUGGGGUUCAGUUUCUUGAGGGCACAUUGGAAUUUAGAGGAGCUGGGGAUUGAACCUUCAUUAUUCUGGUCCCUACCUCCUGAGCCUCAGCCGCCCUGUGUUUGGUGUCACAUUGCCGUCAGAGCCGAAAUCUUGUUUGUAUUUUUAUGGAUUUAUGUAACGGUAGCUAUACACUUCUCAAAUCUUUGAUUACCGUAAACUAUCAUGAAGAUGCUUCUAUUUACAGUUUUUUACAGUUUUAUUGUGGGAAAUAAACAUUUGAAUAUCAA